AAACGCGCUUUGCGGCGGACCGGGCGGGCACAAAGCCUCGCGCUUCCCGUCUCUCUGGAUAUUCCCGGGAUUUCUACGGUUCGUUUACUGCUCAGUGUUUUGCAUCAAGAUCCAGAUUCCCAUUGUACCAUCCGGACCGGAAGAAAGACGCGGCAUCCUCGGAUUACAUAUGAUCGCACAACGAUCCGUCUCUCUUUCACUUCUCUGCACACAUCGUACCGUAGAUUCUUUCUUUCCGGAAAGGGAAUCAGUUCAUAAACAAAAGCAAACGAGGAACAGGUUGUGAUCACAUCCCGCCAUGCGUUUAACCCCCCCCCGACCCUGACCCGGUUUUCACUCAUUAAUUGAUGCGGAAAACGUCAUGUUGGCAUUUUGGGCAUCGAUCCAACUCUGUCUGAGAUCUGAUGGAGACUAAUUUACCGUUAGUGAUCGGACGUUCCCGGAUUUGAGCGCGCCCGGACUCGGACCGUUGUUGUGCCAUGUCUGAUCUUUGCCCAGCAGCGAACCGUGUGCACUUGUAGUUCCGAUCCAGCCCGGUGCGUUCUUCAAGGAAAGUUCGCGGAACCGAAGCGCGAUGACGCGCGCGCAGAGAGACACCGGGAAGGGCGGGAGAGCGCGCGAUGAAGCUCGCGCACUCUGAUAAAGCCACUACCCCAAACUUUGUCAUUCAUUCGCGCAGCCGAGCUGUUUGGCACAGAGCGUCCGCACAGUGCCGGAAUGGCGUUCCGGAAGUUGCCCGGUGUGCCCGUGUCAGCCAUGGGCCUCCGCCUGUCUCAGAAAUUCGCCUUUCUGCUUUUUCUCUCCGGUUUGGUGACGCUGUGCCUCGGGGCUCUGUUUUUGCUUCCCGACUCCGUUCGCCUCAAGCGCUUCUUCCUGCCCAAAACCGAGAGCGCGAACGCAAACACAGCAGCGGCAGCGGCGGCGGCGACCCAGAUCGUCGAGCGCGCGGACCAGGAGCACGAACGGAGCGCCCCGGUUUUUAAACCCGAGCCCAGCGGCAAGCUCAGAGUGAGCCGGAAGCCAUCGGUGACGCGCGGCGAUGCCGCCAGUGGCACCGCCGAAAGACCUCCGGGAGGAGCGCGCGAGGAGCGCAGGGCGAGAACGCAGCGCGCAGACGCGACCGAAGGAACCGCAGUAACGGGGCGCCCAAAAGGCCACGGUUAUCACGCGUUCCGGAAGUGUUUGCUCAAACCUGCACUCGGGAAUGACCGGGGGAAACCGUCGGAUCAGCAAAGUGUCCAGAGGAGGGAUAAAGUCAGAGAGAUGAUGAAAUUUGCCUGGGACAACUACAAACUUUAUGCAUGGGGACAAAACGAGCUCAGGCCACUCACCAAAAACGGCCAGAUCGGCAACAUUUUCGGCGGUCUACGGGGGGCCACCAUUGUGGAUUCUCUGGAUACACUGUACGUCAUGGGUCUAACAGAAGAUUAUAAAGAAGCUAGAGAGUGGAUACGCACCAGCCUGGACCUAGACUUGAGCGGAGAAGCUUCUGUCUUUGAGGUGAAUAUCCGAUACGUUGGAGGCCUCCUGUCUGCGUACUACCUUACCGGAGAAGAGGUGUUUAAGCAGAAAGUGUUGGAACUCGGUGAGAAGCUGUUGCCGGCAUUCAACACUCCGACCGGCAUCCCACGAGGAGUCAUUAACCUGGGCAGUGGCACCAGUUGGAACUGGGGAUGGGCAUCAGCCGGGAGCAGCAUCCUGGCUGAAUUUGGGACGUUGCAUCUGGAGUUCAUGCACCUGACAGAACUUUCUGGAAACCCCAUUUUCAAAGAGAAGGUGAUGAACAUCCGAAAGCUGCUGAACAGGAUCGAGAAGCCGCAGGGCCUGUACCCCAAUUUCCUGAGCCCUGUCAGCGGGAACUGGGUCCAACAUCACGUUUCUCUGGGAGGUCUGGGAGACAGCUUCUACGAGUACCUGAUCAAAUCAUACCUGAUGUCAGACAAGACAGAUGAGGAGGCUAAGCGCAUGUACUACAGCGCUCUGGAGGCAAUAGAGGCCAACUUGGUGCAGAAAUCUUCAGGAGGUCUUACAUAUUUUGCUGAAUGGAGAGGUGGAAUUCUCGACCAUAAGAUGGGGCAUCUGGCUUGUUUCGCCGGCGGGAUGGUGGGCAUCGGGGCAGACGAUGGCGUUCCAGAAAAGAGGCAGCAUUACCUCGACCUGGCAGCUGAGAUCACAAACACAUGCCACGAGUCUUACAGUCGCUCAGCCACUAAGCUUGGCCCGGAGGCGUUCCGCUUUGAUGGAGGUGAAGAGGCGACGGCCACCAGACUGAGCGAUCGCUACUACAUCCUGAGGCCAGAGGUCAUCGAGAGUUACAUGUACAUGUGGCGUCUGACCCACGAUCCCAAGUACAGGGAGUGGGGCUGGCAGGCAGUGGAGGCGCUGGAGAAAUACUGCCGCACUGAAGGAGGUUAUUCAGGGAUCAGAGAUGUCUACACGACCACAGUCAGCCAUGAUAACAUGCAGCAGAGCUUCUUCCUGUCUGAAACUCUCAAAUAUCUCUACCUGCUUUUCUCCGAUGACGACUUGCUGCCACUGGAUGACUGGGUGUUCAAUACCGAGGCUCAUCCUUUACCCAUCAUCCACAAAAGCUGCUUCGAGGAGCACGGUGGCACCACACGAGACACUCAACACACACAACCAGUGUAACCUGCAAUGACACACCCUGAUACACACACACACCACACACACACCACACACACAUACACACGCAGUGAGGCAGGGCCUCGUUCUCGCUGACCCUGCCGCAGCCUCUCGGCUCCUUUUCCUGUAAAGGAUCUCACGCUGCACGCUGUGAUUGUAAUCUCUGAGCCGGGACACUCUCUGUGGACAAUCAAAACGAAAAUUACUUUUGUGACGAGAGCACUUUGUUCCCUUCUUUCUUUCCUCUGUGAGGAAAACGGAAUAUUCUUCAGGCCCAGAUCGGCAGGGUGGGCACCGCCUCGUCGCGGGCUACUUUGAGAGAAAGAGAAAUUCGCUUCACUCUUCUUCAGCACUCUGUUAUUUCUGUCCAUCUUUUUACUCUUUUUUACAAGCUAGUGCCAGGCAAUUUGUGGACAAUUUGUUUUUAUUAAUGACUCUUUCAAGUGAUUUGCAAGCUCAAACAUGUAGAAAGCAACAAAACUUCAUCGAAGCGUAAACAUACGAGUUACUUUUUUCAAGAAUCAGUACAUAACCCUGCUGCCAUUACACAGUUUGCCUUCCCAUUGUCUUACCUGAUUGUCUUACCCAUCCCUGAUCUGCAGUCGUAACUUGAUUGGAUCCCUACCAAUCUAUACCUAUGUCCCUGUUAUAACAUCAUCUAUGGUUUGGCAUUGUUCCCCUGCAUUUUAACCCAAUCUGCAUUAUUUGUGUCAUUACCCGGUUAGUGUCUCCCCCUGCCAUAACCCAUUCUGCAUCAGUUAUGUUGUAACUCCAUAUAUAUUCUACUGUUGGAACAUUCCUUGUAUCAUUACUCAAUCUAUGUCCCAUGUGCCAUUAGCCAGUUUGUGUUGAUGACAGCUUUACCAUAUCUGCCCCUACCCAGUCUGCAUCCUGUUUCACUACCCAAUCUGUGUCUAACGUGUCACUUCCUAAUCUGCAACACACAAUCCCACACAAUCUGUGUUUCCCAACAUUGUUACUUAAUCAGCCUUCCUUGUGUCUUUAAUCACUUUGUCCCCUGGAUCACUAUCCAGUCAUUGUCCAUGGUGACUUUACCAUAUAUGUUUCACCUGUAUUGUAAUCCAAUCUGUGUUAUUUGUGUCAUUACCCAAUCAGUGUCUCCCCCUGCCAUAACCCAUUCUGCAUCAGUUGUGUCGUAACUCCAUAUAUAUUCUACUGUUGGAUCAUUCCUUGUAUCAUUACUCAAUCUAUGUCCCAUUGGCCGGUUUGUGUCGAUGACAGCUUUACUAUAUCUGCCCCUACCCAAUCUGUCUAUCAUAUCACUACCCAAUCUGCAACACCCGUGUUGCUACCCAACUAACCCACACACCCUGUGUUU